AUGGUACAUACUGUAGAUAGUGCAGAGACGGUGGCUGAGAUCAGUAGGAAUGUAUCAGUAUGGCACUAUCCAGGCCUCGGGUUUUCAAAGGAGCCACUCCAAAUUUGGCAACCUAGUAACCACGGUGACUUCAGCUGCCCCAUCUGUCUUCAGACAGCUACUCUCCCUGUAGAAACCAACUGUGGACAUUUGUUCUGUGGUUCCUGUCUGAUCAUGUACUGGAAACAUAGUCCCUGGUUAGCAGCAAUAACCUGCCCUCUCUGCAGACAAAAGGUGGUUCUUUUGGAUAACAUCUCUUGUGAUAAGCCAAAUAAACAAACGGCACAUGACAUUAGAAACUACAACAAGCGUUUCUCAGGACAACCUCGACCUUUUGCAGAUUACCUCUAUGACAUGCCGUUAUUCCUGACUCUUGCCUUGAGAGGAAUCUUCACCUGCAGUGGUCUUGUAUGGAUUUUUUUCCUAAGAGUUGCUGUUUGCUCCUUUGGAAAAAUCAUAUGCCUGUCUCCUCCAUUUGACACAAAGCCUGCACCUCUCUGCAGGACACUUGGAACAGCUGAUGACAUGGUGGUUGUUUCCCUUCUUUUAAUUUGCAUGAUAAACAUUUGUCAGCAAAUUGCAUCUACUGGGGUAAAUGCGGCGAGGUCUGCAGCUCCGAGCAGGCUUCAGAGUCCUGACUGACUCAAACCUGGAUUCCUUGGUCAAACUUCAUUGUUCAGAGUCCUGACUGACUCAAACCUGGAUUGCUUAGUCAAACUUCAUCCAGCGAUGACAACAGGCUUCUCUUUGGUUUGGGGCAGCAUAUGAUGGAGUUGUUAUUCUGCUGCUGCCAAAGGCUGGAGCAGGACUCAGCAAUACUUGGCAUGGCCAAGUGAUUUGAUGUGCAAGUACUUAGAAGGCUCAUUUUACACCAGAUACUUGCUAGACUCUUUCAUGCUGCAAUUUUUUGUAACUUCUCUUCACAGAAGUCCCUGAACUGAAAAUGCCUAAAGCUACAAACAGAGCUUAAAAUGACAAUGCCAAUCAAAUUGCAGUUGAAUUUUGGACGCUUGAGCUUUAACAUUUUACAUCUUGGCUCAAUUUGAGUAAAAUUUUAAUUUGAGAACUUAGCAAACUGUACAAUUUGCUAGGUCUUGUAUAACCCAAGGAAUGUUAGUAUCAGUGCAGAAUUUGUAUCAGUGCUUGGUAUUAUCCCAGAUGAUUACAUAUCCAUUGGAAUAGAGAUUUUUUACAGCUCCGCAAUGAGUACAGUCCUGAUUUAAAACUGGAUAAUAGGAACUGGUAGUAACACAGGCUUGGAACAAAAAUGCAACUGUAAAGUUGAAGUAUUACAAGGGGAGAACAGCAUUAAAAAUCAUGCAAGGAAAAUGAACAAAUCUCUGUGUAACUCCUCCAUAUAGUCCUGUACAAAGAACACAGCUCUUCCUUGAACUCUGUGCAUUUAAGAUUUAACGAAGCCAGCACGACUGUUUGUUUCCUUUCUUGACUUCAUGCUGUCCUUGUGACUUCCUUGUAAGUCUUGGUACCAGUUCAGCCAGAGAGAUCAAGGCCAAUUUGGUGAUGAUGAUAUAAAUACCUGGAAGUCUAUGGGAAGUUUGCCGAAGUUGGGGAGUGUGUGUUUAUGUCUGUGUUGAGCUGCAAGGAGUUAAAAACACUGGCACAGUGUUGGAGAACCAUACACAUCUGUUCCUCCAUAACCUGUACAUUUGCUAUGCAUUUGGAGUCAGUGGACUUCAUUUUUACAUAGGAAUUUUAUAUUAAAAUAUAACUUUAUGAAUAUUUAAUGUUCAGAAUACACUCAUCCCCAACUGCUUUUUUCAUUCUUAGUAAUUUGAGCUGAAAUAUUUUAUCGUGUCCUUGACUUGAAAGCUAUGAUACACCAUUAUGUUGCAGUCGAUUCCUUGCUUGCUAUAUGGUUUGUGUUAUGAUGUUUCUUCAUUUUAUUCCCAUCAACUUUCAUUGUCUUUAAUUAUGUCCCUGAACUUGUAAAGCUGUUUCUCUUAACAAUGAAUACUUUGGAAAUGGCAACAACCGCUUUUCCAUGAACUACAUGGCAGGAAGUGCAUUGUUUCUUUAAAAAAAUUACCAGAUGUUUUUGAGAGCUGACUACAAACAUUAAAAAAACCCCAGAAACUAUUAUUUUCCAA